AUGGCCUCUGCUCUUACCUCUUCUGACAUUGCACUCCAAGAAGCCACUCAGCGAAAGUUGCGGAGGUUCUCUGAGCUGAGAGGCAAACCUGUGGCACCUGGAGAAUUCUGGGAUAUUGUUGCAAUAACAGCAGCUGAUGAAAAACAGGAACUUGCUUAUAAACAACAAUUGUCCAAAAAGCUGAAUAAAAAGGAGUUACCCCUUGGAGUUCAUUAUCAUGUUUUUGUUGAUCCUGCUGGAGCCAAAAUUGGUAAUGGGGGAUCAACACUUAGUGCUCUUCGAUGUUUGGAAAAACUAUAUGGAGAUAAAUGGAAUUCCUUUACUAUCCUGCUCAUUCACUCUGGUGGCUACAGUCAACGCCUUCCAAACGCUAGUGCACUGGGAAAAAUCUUUACUGCUUUACCUUUUGGUAACCCGAUUUAUCAGAUGUUAGAAUUAAAACUAGCCAUGUACAUUGAUUUCCCCUCACAUAUGAAUCCAGGAAUUCUGGUUACAUGUGCUGAUGAUAUUGAACUUUAUAGUAUUGAAGACUCUGAGUGUAUUAGAUUUGACAAGCCUGGGUUUACAGCUUUAGCUCAUCCUUCUAGUUUGAAUGUAGGUACUACACAUGGGGUAUUUGUCUUAGAACCUUUCAAUUACUUAGAAUACAAAGAUCUUGAAUAUAGGUGUUGUCAUCGUUUUCUUCAUAAGCCCACCAUAGAAAAAAUGCAUCUCUUCGGUGCUGUGUGUAGGCCAAGAAAUUUUUCUCAGGAGCACUUUUCUGGGAGUGAAACUACCUCUCUUAAAUUCGAUCCUGAGUAUGUUUACACAGAUAGCCUUUUUUAUAUGGAUCAUAAAACAUCAAAGAAAUUGCUUGCUUUUUAUGAAAAAAUAGGCACACUAAAUUGUGAAAUCGAUGCCUAUGGAGACUUUCUUCAGGCCUUGGGACCCGGAGCAACAGUGGAAUAUACCAGAAAUACAUCUAAUGUCACUAAAGAAGAUUCAGAGUUGGUCGACAUGAGACAGAGAAUAUUUCACCUUCUAAAAGGGGCACCUCUAAAUGUUGUUGUUCUUAAUAACUCCAAAUUUUAUCACAUUGGAACAACUGAAGAAUAUUUGUUUCAUUUUACUUCAGAGAGCAGUUUGAAGCUAGAACUUGGCUUACAGUCCAUAGCUUUUAGCAUCUUUCCAGCAAUAUCCAAAUGCUCUGAUAACACAUCCUGUAUCAUUCAAAGUAUACUGGAUUCAAGAUGUUCUGUGGCACCUGGCUCAGUUGUGGAAUAUUGCAGAUUGGGGCCUGAUGUUUCAGUUGAGGAAAACUGCAUUAUUAGUGGCUGUUCUGUCUUAGCAACUGCUGUUUUGCCUGCAAAUUCUUUUGUAUGUUCCGUAAGCUUGAAGAUGAAUGGGCACUUAACAUAUUCAACGAUGGUAUUUGCAUUGCAAGAUAACUUAAAAAAGUUUGUUCAAACCUUGUCAGAUAUAAAGUUACUCCAAUUUUUUGGAGUCUGCUUUAUGUCAUGCUUAGAUAGUUGGAAUCUGAGAAUUACAGAGGAACUGUUCUCUGGGAACAAGAAACGUUUGAGUUUGUGGACUGCUCGCAUUUUCCCAGUUUGUUCUUCUUUGAAUGACUCAGUUUCAACGUCCCUAAAAAUGCUAAAUUCUGUAAAGAACAAGUCAACAUUCAGCCUAAGUAACUAUAAGCUUGUAUCCAUUGAAGAAAUGCUUAUCUACAAAGAUGUAGAAGACAUGAUAACUUAUAGGGAGGACAUUCAUUUAGAAAUUACUUCACAUAAAAAGCAGUUGAUUUAG